AUGACUUCCGACAACAAAACCCCGCCAGAUACCGCAUCUGCUAACAAUGACGACUGCCGAAUUUACUUCCAAGGCAAAGGUCCUUGCAUUGUACCCAGAAACGCCAUCAGCAAAUGCCCGAUACUGGCCGCACGAAUAGCUGCAAAGCCCUUCUUCUCGACCUCUCGCAAUAGCAUCGACGUUGGUGAAAUGCCAUAUGAUGUGGGAGUGUCCGUCGCCUACUUCCUAAACACUGGGACAUACCGAAGCCUCGACCCCGAACUCGAUUCACAGGACGAGAGGAACUGCAGGGAUCUUGGAACUGCGUUUCGCGUCUACGCCGCUGCAACCAUUUUUGAACUGGUUGGGCUUAAGAAUGCUGUUCAGAGUCGCAUGGCUUAUCUCGAGGAAAGGAUGGACUUGGCGCAGGUUGCGCGAUCGCUCAAACAGUCUGGGCUGAAUCUGGAGGAAUAUCCAACGCUCGCGAUGCAUUUGUACUCGUUCAUCCAGGUUUCCAAGGAUGUGUCUUCGGAAGAUGAGAUGAAGUCGAUAAUCUCCGAGCUUGGAUUCCCUGAAAGUGUCAAUAUAGACUCUUUCCAGUCCUCUUUGGCAUCCAAGGGGUUGCCCGGGGAAGAAAGGGAUGCCAAGGCGACAUCUCCUCGGAAAAGUCCGCCAAAUCCUACACCAAAGUCUAAUUCGGAGCCUGAGUCGAAUCCUACACCAGAACUGCCUUGUUGCUCAAAGGACAAGAACAAGGUAGCUACUACUGUUGUCUCAUCUGCUCUUGAGAAAGACCAACCGGAAACAGCCGCCACGCGGACUUGGAUGAGGAUGUUACCAAAGAUCAAUUUGGCAAUGGCUUUUCGACGAAAGAAGGCCGUUCCUGAGGAAUCUUUCGAACUACAGGACACGAACAGGUCUGUAGACGAGAUAAUGGUGCCAGCUCAGGGUCUUUCAGACGAGUCACUGGCUUCGGCACGAAACCUUGUUCUGUCAGCUUUAGGAGAGCAUUCGGAAGAGGGUGAUAUUGGUCUUCAGGAGGGUACCUUUCAAGUUCCAGCCCCAGUCAAAGAUUUGUGA